AUGUUAAUUCUAAUACUAUUCCAAAUUAUUACAACAAACUUUGCAUUUCCAGAUGUCACGCUCUCAUUUGGAUCUCUUAGACCAAAAUAAAAAGAUCCUGAAGAAAACCUACCUGCAGUUGUUUAUGAAAACAACCAAAUGAAUAGCUAUUUUGAUUAUGAUCAAUUCCCGUUAUUAUCCUGUUGUCCCACCAAUCUGACUAAAUAUAAAGUAGAUACUUUGAAUCUCCAUGGACAUGGUAAGUAAAAAUUUACAUUACCCUUAAUCAUUACAAACAAUGAAGAUAAAACAAUUAUUUUGAGAUAAUUAACAAUAACUGACUAUUUAGAUUAUCAAGACAUCCCUGUUGCUCCUCAAUUAUCCUCUCUACCGAUAAUAUAGCCUCAUUAAAGUUUUGUUGUCGACCUUAUUCACAGUUGCGAAAGAUAAACUAAUAACACUAAUUACUGGAGUAUAUAAAAUGUAUUUAUUCGAUUUCAAGACUUUUAAGGUUUGAAUUUCUAAUAUUAAUUCAUAUGUGAUAGUAAUUUUCAUCCUAAAAGGUACUCAAUUAAUGUAUAAUUAGAUUUGAUUGGAGCAAUAUCAUCUUAAUUACUUUCGACUCUUUUGCUAUUAUUAUUUUAGCUACAUUCGGAAAAAUUUACUCGUUUCGCAUUACUUUUGUUACGCCUGCUAAAAGAAAACAGUUUUAAGAACAAAACAUUUAAAAUGUAGAUUUAAGUCCAUUUUAAGGAUUUUAUUUAUAUUGGCCUUAAGCUUUGGUCUAUAUGAUGUUAUUAUUAAUCGCGUUGUUUACUUCAAUGAGUUAUAAAGAAAAAGCAGAGGAAAUCAUAAAAAUCUUAGUCUAUAUAAUUUGCAUUUUAACAUCAUUCCAUUUUUUCAAUGAGAUCUUUGGUAAGUUUAGAAAUACUCUUCCAUUUUUAGCUUAAAAGAUUUAUUGCCUAAAAAUUAGGGAUUAUUUCUCAAUUGUAUUAUCAGCUCUCCUGCUAUACUUCUAUCUUUAUUAUGAGCAGCCAUGGUUUGUAUGUAUUAUUUGAUAACUACUCUUAGGUUAGUAAUCUUUUAUCAAUUUGUAUUUUAGGAUCUUUGAUAAAAUUAUUCAAAAUAACAUCCCUAAAACAUGCUCUCUAAUUUUUUGUUCCCCUUAUGAUUGUUGAUAUAUUUUGUUCCAUUUAUUUGGGUUAAACUGUCAGAUAUGAAUGGGAUAGCGUUGCAUUGAGAUAUUUCAACACCCCAUUAUCAGCAUAAUUUCCUUAUAUUCGAUAUAUAUACAAGAAAAAAUGUGCCUGGGUAUCUAUUUUCAAUUUGCUAUUUCCUGGUAAUUUGUGAGACUACUUAUUAGGGUUCUUUUUGGGCUAUGUAAAUAGAUUUGACAAAUAUAAAUAGACAUAUGUCUACGAAAUUAUUGCCUUCUUUGGAUUACUUGUAGGACUCCUUUUUUGGGUUCUAAUUUAAUACAUUUUUUCAUUUCCUCUUCCAACGUAACUAACAACUAAUAUUAAAGCUCAAUCUUCACAGAAGUGUUGAUGGUCUUAACUACUGCUUUGGUAGCAGUCUAGAGAAAUGAAUUCAAUAUAUUUUACUCUGGGAACUUCUAUGAUCAGAUACUCAUGGAUCCUUUCAAAAAUGAUAUUGCCCUUUAAGAACCUACAACGGUGGAAAUGUUUGGAUUAGGCACUACCACUUAAGUUAUUAACAAGGACGCUGUAUAAUAAUAAGAUCUAGUGACUAGAGGAGAAUAAGGUUUAAUAUUUAAUAAUCAACUCUUUGCUGGACUGGCUUCCAUUAAUCGGUCUUAAUAAUAAAAUGUUUUAUAAUCAAAACAAUAAAGUCAAUAUCAAAAAUAUUGA